AUGUGCUACUAUGCCCGCACCGACUUUUCCUGUCGUGACUGGAAAUGGGGCAACAUGAAACAACGUUGUCCUCGGCAGCACCGCAUGGGUGAAACCUGCGGCGCCAAGCUUGUCGACCCUGACAAUGUUAUCAACGUUCAGGACCAAUGCAGGAUCUGCAAAGAGAUCGAGGUCAAACAAAGACGCAUGCAGAAGGAGCUAGACAACAUAGCGAGGUGGCGGCGCGAAGGCGACAAAUUCAGGGCCAGCAUCGAAAAGGCCCAGCGCGAAGCCCGCAUGCUCCAAGAGACCAUUGACGAAUUGCACAGCAGAAGGGCAUCUGUGAGGUACCAGCUCAGAAACGAGGCGCGUCUCCCCACUAUGUCGAGAUAG